AAAAAGCAAGCAGGUAGCAGGAGGGCCUUAGGAAACCAUUAAGAUGAAGUGCAUCUUGCUUGAGAGACAGGGGUGUCCCUGAGUGUUCACUCAGGGAAGACUAGGGACACAGUAAAUGUUUUUCCUAGAGGCACAGGAAGCAACCAAGAUGGCAUUUACUUCUGCAUUCUCUUUUAGCCAUACUCAGUAUCUAACAUUCUGGGCAAUAUAUUUUCUGUAUACUGUGGCAUAAGGUUUAAUAAUCCAUGUACACAAGAUGUCUUUUGGUGAAACUGGGGAGCUCUUAAGUGUGACUUCAAUAGCAACAUAAUCUUUAAAACAAAGCCUCUGAGUAAUUGGAUAUUAACACUAACUAAUGAAAAAUUUAAAUAUCUAAAUCACUUGGUAUUAAAUUUUUUAUUUGUUGAUGCAGGAUUUCAAUGGAUAUUAUAAAGGGAAACCUAGAUGGAAUUUCAAAACCAGCCUCAAAUUCAAGAACACGUCCUGGGAGCAGAAGUUCGAAUGCUUCUUUGGAGGUGCUCUCACCAGAACCAGGAUCUUUCAAGGUUGAUACUGUAAGCAGCUUGAACUCCGGUAAAGAGAACCACUCCGAAAGCAGUAGUACAGAGAACAGAAGAACUAGUGAUGAUGAUAAGGGGGAAAACCACUCUGAGAAAAUACAGUUGGCCGAAGAGGGAUCAGAUGAAGAUCUUGAUUUGGUUCAACAUCAGAUAAUCACUGAGUGUUCAGAUGAACCCAAAUUAAAAGAAUUAGAUUCUCAACUUCAAGACGCCAUUCAGAAAAUGAGGAGACUUGAUAAAAUACUGGCAAAGAGACAACACAGAGAAAAAGAAAUUAAGAAGCAAGGCCUAGAAAUGAGAAUAAAGCUGUGGGAAGAACUCAAGUCUGCAAAAUAUAGUGAAGCUUGGCAAAGUAAAGAGGAGCUGGAAAAUACAAAAACAUUUUUAUCUUUGACUGCUGUGUCUGAAGAAACUGUUGGUCCUUCUCAUGAGGAUGAAGACAACUUUUUCUCAGUGUUUCAUACUCAAAUCCCUCCAGAAGAAUAUGAAAAGCAGAUGCAGAAAGUCAGUAAAGAUUUUACCUGUGAUGUGGAAAGAAAUGUAUCAUUGAUCAAAGCAGGAAAGAAACCUUUCUCAAAUACAGAAAAGAUUGAGCUCAGGGGCAAACACAACCAGGAUUUUAUUAAGAGAAACAUUGAGUUGGCCAAGGAAUCAAGAAACCCAGUGGUUAUGAUUGACAGAGAGAAGAAAAGGCUGAUUGAGCUUUUGAAGGACUUGGAUGAUAGAGAUUCUGGGCUCUCCAGUUCUGAGGAACCUGACCUUGAUGGUGAAAGAAAUAUGGAAAUAACUCCAGGAGAAAAGGUACUUAGGAACACCAAAGAGCAACGGGAUCUGCAUAAUCGGCUGAGAGAGAUUGAUGAAAAGCUGAGAAAGAUGAAGGAAAAUGUGUUAGAGUGCACAUCACGUCUCUCUGAAGAACAGUUAAAGUGUCUUCUGGAUGAAUGCAUAGUUAAACAAAAAUCCAUCGUUAAACUUUCUUCAGAAAGAGAAAAUGAAGACAUUGAAGACGUAACACCUGUGUUUCCCCAGCUUUCCAGAUCCAUCAUCUCUACAUUACUAAAUGAAUCAGAAACAAAGAUCCAGAAAACUGAGGAAGAAGAAGCAAAUUUGCUUGAGAGUGCAGAAUGUGAAGCUUCUAAAGGCUACUAUCUCACUAAAGCCUUGGCUGGACAUCACAUGUCAGAAGCGCUCAUCACUGAAGCAGAGAAUAUGAAAUGCCUUCAGUUUUCUGAGGAUAACAUUGUUAAUGACACAAAAGACUAUUUUAUGUCGAAGACUCUUGGCAUUGGGAGACUGAAAAGGCCCUCUUUCUUGGAUGACCCACUGUAUGGUAUCAGUGUGAGCCUUUCAUUAGAAGACCAACAUCUGAAACUCAGUCCUUCAGAGAAAACAGAAACAGGUGAGCAGGAGACUAAAGAUGCAGCAGAAGAAUGUAAAGAAUCCUAAGCAAGGACUUGCUGAGUGUGCUUUUAAGAAAGUUGGUAAUGAAGUUAAAUUACAUUUUUUAUUGAAUUAUUUGAAUUCAAUGAAUGCACUGUAGCAACUAUUCUUUAAUGAUUUUGACAUUUGGAGUCUCUCUUUGUGGAUUAUAUUUCCUUGAUAUUUUUGAGACUUGGGGUGUGAUUGUUCAGUGGUUUUUGUUCAUUAAGAUUUCUGGGAACAUUGUUU